AUGGGCGUGCUUGUAGACACCUCAUCCUUGCCAUCCUUUAGGGAUACCCUGUCCGCCCAGCACUGUGGACUUGAGCUGAUGGUGCUGCAAAGGAGGUCCCUCAGCAACCUGACCUGCAGUCAUGCCAACUACGCUGCUGUCACCUGUACAAGAUUCAGGCUGGUGAAUGGCAGCACGCCAUGUUCAGGACGAGUAGAGGUCGAGGUGGAGGGGACCUGGGGAACCCUCUGUGACUCUCGCUGGGACAUCUCCGACGCUCAUGUUCUCUGUCAUCAACUCAACUGUGGAUUUGCUGAGUCCAUUCCUGCAGGAGGGCACUUUGACAGAGGAAGAGGUCCUGUCUGGAGAGACACUUUCCACUGUAAUGGGACUGAAUCCCAUUUGGGACAGUGCCCUGUGACUGCUCUGGGGGUAGACAAGGCAGGAUGCAGGACAUUUCCCCUCUCUCUCUGAGCAGGACUCUCUGGAUCCCUACGUCUGGUUGGUGGAGGGAGCCGCUGUGACGGGCGGGUGGAAAUGCCCUUCAAUGGGACAUGGGUCCGAGUCCUGGAUGACCAGUGGGACAUGAACGACGCCAGCGUGGUGUGCCGGCAGCUCCAGUGCGGAGAGGCAGAGCAAGCCUACAACCCACCAAAGCCUGAGCGAGGGACAGGCCCUGUGGGGUUGAGAAGGGUCCAGUGUACAGGGAAGGAGACUCACCUGACCUUCUGCAACACCUCCCUGCCUGUGGCAGUGCCUACAGGAAUUGCUGAGGACGUGGGGGUGAUUUGCUCGGGGAGCYGGCAGGUCCGUCUGGUGCACAGGACAGGGCGCUGUGCUGGGAGAGUGGAGAUCUACUACAACGGCACCUGGGGGACSGUCUGUGACGACUCCUGGGACCUGCUGGACGCCACYGUUGUUUGCCGCCAGCUGGGCUGCGGGGUGGCUGUGAAUUUCACAGGCUCUGCUCAUUACGGAGAAGGCUCUGGGCAGAUCUGGCUGGACGACGUGAACUGCUCUGGGGAUGAAGCUGCUCUCUGGGACUGCCCGGCCAGGYCCUGGGGGCAGCACAACUGCAGGCACAAAGAGGACGCAGGAGUCGUCUGCUCAGAGUCCAUGGCCUUGAAGCUGGAGAACAGCGGUGGUUGCUCUGGGCGCCUGCAGGUUUUCUACAACGGGACAUGGGGGGGUGUUUGCUCCAACUCCAUGACUCCCAGCACCGUGUCUCUGGURUGCAAAGAGCAGGGCUGUGGAGAUGGAGGGUUCCUUGAAACAGRYCUGCCAUAUGGCAAGGUAUCUGGCUACACAUGGCUGGAUCAUGUUGAGUGUGGGAAGAAGAACAUCUCCUUUUGGCAGUGCCCCUCUGCUCCCUGGAACCCACACUCCUGUGAUGACCAACGCGAAGAGACCCACAUCACCUGCAAUGGGAGACGACCAGCAACCCCUSCAGCCCUAGCGGCCGAGUGCCCCAACUCUACGAGCUGUACAGAGAUGGAGAAGAUUCGGGUCAUGGGAGGAGAGGAYGGYUGCUCGGGCAGAGUGGAGGUUUGGCACCGCGGCGCCUGGGGGACGGUGUGUGACGACUCCUGGGACAUGAAGGACGCCGAGGUGGCCUGCAGGCAGCUGGGCUGUGGCCCUGCCAUGUCUGCCCUGGGAGAGGCUGCGUUUGGGGAGGGGACGGGUCCCAUCUGGCUGGAGCAAGUGGAGUGCAGA